AUGUCACGCCGGUAUGAACGGAUGCGCGAAACCUCCUUCGAUCUCUACACCGAACGAGACGCACUUCCACGUUACUAUCGCGCGGUUGCACUUGUUUCAACAUGGCUGGCAUUAGGAGGCUACAUUUUAUUUGCCUUGGCCUUCACCUCCGCUGAAGAGAACUUGAAAGUUGGGCGGAAAGCACUGGUCGGGGUCGCAUCUACAUUUCUCCUCGUUGGAUACGCAGUCAGCGGCCUCUCGGCCUUCUUCAGUCGGAGUUUAAUGUUCACAUUUGAUGCCGUCCUCAUACCCACGUUAACCUCGUCAUUUAUGGGUGUCUUUGUUACCGUCGCAAAUCAUGCUCUACACAAUGACUUCCCAAUUUCCAAUGAGGUUCUCGUCUAUGUUCCACUGGUCACUGCAUGCAUCGCCACAAUUGCCACCACUGUCAUCUCUUUUAUAACCUACCGAAAAAUAUCUCAUAUCAAAUCUUUGGAUUCGCAACGGAGGCAGCACCUAAAGAGAUGGGACAGAGCAUCAUCUGUGAGUUAUGGUGAUGCGACAUCGACGUCUGAAUUAUUGCCCAUGAACAACAUCGCAAACUCCAUCAACUUGCCAGAAGAUGAAGCUCAAAGACGGCAACUUCUUCGACUUCUCUUGUCACGAGAGACGGCCGAAUCCCCAGGCCUAACUCUGACACCUAGCACCUAUCAGAUCACCCUACCUGGUGAUUACCCCAAUUCUGAUGGACUACAAGUAGCCCCGGUGGGACAGCGUCCGCGUGCUGGCAGCCUUCCAUCAACCACCACCAAGUUCAACAUACUGAAUAAAAUCGGGCGGGAUCGUAGCCCAACUGUGGAGAGUUUCAAGAACCCUCGAGAACGGAGGCGGGAUGAGAUUGAGCGCUCAUCUAUGCUCAUUACGCCAAGCAGUGAUACAGGAUGGGCUCGGACGCCUGGAACAUCAAUCCACUCUCACGGAUCCGGGUACUUCAAUGGAUCACCCCAUCAUGUAUAA